AUGUAUAUUUUGUUAAUAUUAAUAUUAAUUUGUAUAUCAUAUUGUGAUAUAAAUGUGUCAAUUGAUAAUAAAAAAGGUGAAUAUAAUAUAAUAAUUAAUAAUCGAGUAUGGCUUCGUUCAUCAUAUACAUGUUUAUAUAAUAAUAAUAAAUGGUUAACAUCUAAAGAUGAAUCUCUUUAUUUAAUUGAUUCAUAUGUAAAACAAGGAUAUGAUUUAAUAUUAGGAGAAUUUAAUGAAACUAAUUUUAUUUAUAAUUUUAAUUUAAAUAAUAAAUCUUUAAAUGUAACUGGAAGAAUUCGUCAAUGGAAAUCAAUUCCAGCAAUAACAUUUCAUUUUGAUAAUAAUUUAUCUAUUUUAAAUAAUGAUAUUCUAUUGAAUAUGGAUCAAGUUCAAACUGUUUUUCCUUCAUUUUAUAUUGAAAAAAUUGAUAAAGAUGAUCAUCGAGCUUAUUUUACAUUUGGAGGAAUGAUGAUGGGUGAUCUUGAAAAACAUGCUGGAAUAUGGAAUUCAAAAAGUCGAUUUAUAAAAACUGGUAUAAGUGGUGGACCAAUAAUUAUAUUUAAUUCAAGUGAAUAUGGUCAACAUAAUGCUAUUAUUAUUUCAUCAUUUUCACAAUUUAUGUCAACUUCUUUAUCAAUUAAUAAAAAUAUUUUAGAAUAUGGAUAUAUAGGUUCAAUUAAAUCAAUACCAAUUAAUUCAAGUUAUUCUUUAAUUAUUUAUUAUUCAUCAAAUGGAAUAAAUCAACUUAUGGAACAAUGGGGAAUAACAAUGCAAAAGGUAUUUAAUAGAACAAAUCAAUAUAGAUUAAAUGAUUUAACUAUUAAUUAUCUUGGUUAUUAUACUGAUAAUGGAGCUUAUUAUUAUUAUCAUACUCUAUCUAAUAUGAAUUAUGAACAAACAAUAAUUAAAAUAAAAGAAAAUUUGUCUCUUCCAAUUCAUUAUAUUCAAUUAGAUUCUUGGUGGUAUUAUAAAGGUUUAGGUAAUGGUGUUAAAGAAUGGAUUGCUCGUCAAGAUAUAUUUCCAGAUGGCCUUAAAGGAUUAAAUAAAAAAUUAAAAAAUUUUCCAUUAUUAUUACAUAAUCGAUAUUGGUCAUCAGAUACAAUUUAUUCAAAUAAAUAUAAUUUUGUAAUUGAUAAUUUAAAUUUAAAAAGUCUUCCAUUAGGUAAUGAUUCAUUUUGGAUUGAUUUAUUUAAUAAAUCAUCAAAAGAUUUUAAUAUUAUAUUAUAUGAACAAGAUUGGAUGAAUCAUCAAACAAUUGAUUUUAUUCCAAUAAUUACAGAUUUUAAUCUUGGACGACAAUGGUUAAUAUCAAUGGGUUAUGCAGCUAAUUUAUUUAAUAUAAAUAUACAAUAUUCAAUGUGUUUACCACGACAUGCACUUCAAGCUUUAGAAAUAAAUCGUGUUACACAAGCAAGAGUAUCUGAUGAUUAUUAUGUACAUAUUCGAAGAAAAAUUGAUCAAUGGAAUAUAGGUAUAUCAUCUAUGUUAGCUAAUGCUAUUGGAAUAGCUCCAUUUAAAGAUGUUUUUUGGUCAACAGAAUAUCAACCUGAUGCUCCUUAUAAAUCAAAAGCUGAAGAAAUCUUACCGGAUAGAGAAAUUCUUAUAUCAACAUUGUCAACUGGACCAGUGGCAUUUGGUGAUGGAAUUAAUUAUGUUGAUAAAGAACGUAUAAUGAGAUGUUGUCGUCAAGAUGGUCUCAUAUUAAAACCUUCGAAACCGUUAACUAUGAUCGAUUUAUUAAUUUCUGAUUGGGCUCUUCAUCAAGGUAUUAUACAAGGCGAACUUUAUUCAACGAAAACAAUUAUAAAUGAUAAAAUAUUUUCUAUAAUAUUUGCAUCAUCAAUGCGACGUAGUUAUUCAAUAAAACCUUCAAUGAUUGGAUCAAGUGAUGGAAUUAUUUGGUCAUAUGAUAAUCCAUAUGAUAUAUUUAAAUUUGAUGAAAAUCAUUCACUUGAAAUAUCAAAUAAAAAAUGUCAUUUUAAAUCAUAUUGUCUUUGGUAUAGUUCACCAAUAUUCAUAUUUAAUGAUUCUUUAUCAACUAAAUAUUCUUUUAUGGGUGAAUUAAAUAAAUGGACAUUUAUUAGUCAACAAAGAUUUACUUCUUUAAAAAUUAAUUCUCAAAAUACACAAAUGACAAUUAUUGUUGAAGGUGUUAACAAUGAAUUUGUAGAUUUAUUGGUUUAUCAUUCGAAAUUUGAAUCUAUUAUUCAUGUUAUUUGUCAUUUUCAUUUCAAUCAUCUAAAAGCUCAAGUCAUUAUCAAUUCUACAAAUGUUAUUUGUUCAUAA